UUCGUUCCACAAAUCUUUUUGUUUUUGACUUUUAAUAGAUUCAAUAGGAGUGCAUUUUUGUGUUGACUUUCUAAAAUUAAACUUGGAAGUGAUGGGUAAAAAUAGGAUGUGAUGUGUAGAUUAAUAGUGAACAAUUAUGAUGUGAUUGAUAGGUUAAGAAUUAGUAGAGAAGAAGGUGUGAGAAGAUGGUAGCCACCUCUUCCACCAAAAAUGUAUGGUCACAUGAGGUGGAUGAUGAUGAUGAUGGGAAAAGCUUGAUGGGUUCUAGUGGUGGGAUAAGCGUUAUGGAGAAAGCGGCGGAGAGCGGUGGCGGCGGAGAUCGGAAGCAACCGCCGCCGCCGCCGCAGCAGGCUCUGAAGUGCCCGCGCUGCGACUCGUCAAACACCAAGUUUUGCUACUACAACAACUACAGCUUGUCCCAGCCAAGACACUUCUGCAAGGCGUGUAAGAGGUACUGGACAAGAGGGGGCACUCUGAGGAAUGUUCCUGUGGGUGGAGGGUGCAGGAAGAACAAGAGAGUCCGGCGUCACCCGCCGCCGCCGCCUGUGCUGUCGUCGUCGGUUGCCGCCAACGACCAGCCGCCGGCGGCGGGGACGAUGCCUCUAUCCCUCCACCACCAGCACCAACCCCAGGUUCCUGAUCACUUGGUCAACCCUUUUCUCUAUCGCUACCCCGGGAGCGAACCGGGCUUCGAUUCCGGGUUUGAGCACCAUCAGCAUAAUAACAUGGGAUUAGGGUUUUCGUUUUCCGGGCUUCUCGGGAGCGUUGAGAAUAACUCGGGGUUUGUUAAUCAUCCGUCGCCUUACCUUGCGUUUGGAUCGUCGUCUUCUUGUUCGCCCUCGGCGUCAAGCUUGGCUUCUUUGAUAGCUUCAAGGCUCCAUUAUCAAGGUGUGUCUACUAACAAUGGUGGUGGGUUUCAUGGAGGACCCUAUAUAGAGAAUUUUGGGAGUGGGGAAAACCUGAAAGAAGAAGUGAAGAGGGAAGUGGAGAACAAUAAUGGUGGUAUUUCCAACAAUACCCAUUUUCAAAUGGGAAACUUUAACACUUCUGAUAAAAACAACGACGACAACGACAACAACAACAAUGGCAACAACAAUAAUCCUUCUUCACUUUCUUGGACUUGGUUUGAUCCUUCAAACAUGGGUUCUUCUGUCCCUUCCAUUCUUUGAGGAUUGGAUAUGAACUCAUCUCCGCCUUUCGUUUAAUUAUUUCCCGUCUUUCUUUCUCUUUUCUUUUCCCUUUUGGCGCGUUUUCAGAUCUCAUCAGCACUCCGUGUGUUCGUUGACGGAAGCUGAUAUCUAAGUUGCACCGAGACAGGGACACGCUAGGAACGGAGAAUUUGGAUGUUCCCAAGUACCCGAACAGGGACGUUUUGGGAGUAAUACAAAACUUCCAACAAGCUUAUAAGGUAGUUUUUCAUACACACACAAACACAAGUGGAGUAGAUGAAGGGAGGAGAUUGGAUCUGAGCGAUCAUGUCGGCUGCAAGCAAGACUCGAUCGAUUGACGAGGGAGAUCGGAUAUUUAUUCAAUUCACGAGACUGUUAUUUUUUGCUAACAGAGAGAGAUUGAAUAAUUAAUCGUAACGACGUUACGUUCACGAGUCGUGUUGCGCCGAGAGGAACCUCAGAUCCUUUUGCUCAUCUACAUACCCGGAAACAUCGCCGGAGCAUCAACAAUGUGUGCAGGCAUGUUCAAAUAUAUGUAUGUUCAUCAUUGAUUUCUCUUGUUAUAUGUAUAUAAGUAUAACAUUAUUUCCAUCUACUCUAGGUUCUUUAUAUAUCUGCAUUAACUUUGGUUCCCAUUUUCAUUCACGGUUUUUGUUUUAGUUUAGGGAGAAGGGGUUUGGUAUAUGGUAUAGCAGAGAAGGGA